AGUAUUCAUGGUAGAGAGUACGGGAAACUCGAGCAUGGAGAAGAAGGUGUGCAUGUGUAAGAAGAGCUUCUACACACCCCAGAUAAGUUAACAUCUUCCUUUACAGCAGACUCCACAUCCUAUGGCGGUAGCAUGAGGUUUUUAAGUUUGGUAUUGGUUAUGUAUUUCCUGAAAUUGGGCAGAGUCUGUUGGUGUGCCGGGAAACCUAAUGUUCUCUCAAUCAAUCUUAGCGAGGGAUCUAAUGUUAACUCAAUCGAUAUUGCCAAGGAUCCAGGUCCUAAUGUAGCUGAGGUUAAUAAUGAGAAAGAUAAUGGUGUAGAUGGUAAAAAGUUUAAUGUUAAGGAUAGUGUCAAGAUAACUUUAGUAUUAGAUAAUGGAAUCCAGAUAUGGAACGGAGGAGGUGACAAAAAUUGUACAGUAAUCGCAGUCCUGUAAAAACAAGGAUACAACACUCUUCUUGCCAUACGAUAUGUAGAUACGAAUGCUAAGAGGAAGAACGAGAAGGUAGAAGCUUAUAAAAAAGAUGGUAACCAGUGGAGCAAAAUGACCAAAAAAGAUUUUGAAGCCGCUUAUGAAAGUAUGAAAGCUGCCCCUGAUGCCGGAAAAAAGGAUCGCAAAUAGACCAAUCUUCUGGCACAGGUUCCCUAGAUCUUUAAAAUCAAAAUGCUUCAAUCUGUAAAUCCGUAGACGCAUACAUUGAUGGAGUUCCUUCCAGAGUACUAAUUAUAAAUCCAGGUAAAACUGUCAAUAUCAUAAUGAAUGGCGAAAAGUAUGGGUGGGUGCAUCUGGCGCUACAUGCUCAUACUGUAUAGCGUUUUUGGA